AUGUUGCCGCUCCGAGACAGAAGGCUUCUGCGAAGAUUCUAUCAAAAAGCGUUCGAAAGCCUGCAGCAAAUCAACUGUCGAACCAUCGCUAAAGCAUAUGUCAAACUUGUGGAGCCCCGAAAGCAAGUCAAUUAUCCUUAUAACGGGCGAAAGCUCAUCGCUGGUAUCUCUCGGCAACUUGACCCAGAGAUGACAAAGCCAGCCUGGUGGCCACAUGGUGUCACACAUAGAGAGCCCGACCAUCUUCCCAAGGCGGAGAGAGUUCGAUUGCUUGUACACAUUCUCUGCGAGCUCCGCGACAGCCGUGGCAUCACCGUCGCGAAGCUUAGAGAGGCCGAUCAAUCCAUCCGCCGUCAGAUUUCACCACCGGACCGUCUGGGGGUCCUGGACGAGAUCUAUCGCGUUAGAGAAGAAGAGGAGAGUUACCUGGACAACCGUCUCGAUGAACAAGCAGUUGUGUAUAUCUCCCGAGCACACUUGCCGGAUGAGAGAGACCCGAAGGAUGCUGGUUCUCCCAUGGCAGAAGUGAUGAACGCAGACGUGAACCCAGUUUACAAGCGAGAGAGUCAUGACAUGGAGUCCCACACAUCGGUCUUUCCAUCAACCGGAGCUUUUUUCACCAGUCAUACUGAUACAACAAGCGGGAAGGGCGAUCAUGAAAUCAUGCCCACCAACCCGGAUUCCUGCCCCUCCGCGGCAGUACUGACUCCCAGGAUACCGACGGACGUCCACGAAGGGGAACAUCCGUUCUCUGUAAGCAUCCCGUCAGCUCAUACCUUCCACCAUGCUCCUCCACCUGUCCCGUUAAACUUUCACGCCUUUCCUCUGCGAUUUUAUCAUGAGCCGAAUGUCAGUCAUGGGCAGCAAGAUCAUCAUGGGCCCGACAUGGGCGUUGCUGGCCAUGGUAUGGAGAGUUGUCCAAACCCGUACUACUUUAACUUUUGA